AUGUCUAGACCACAAGCUUUUGAUGUAACAAACACCAAGCCAUCAUCCAUGAUCAUGGACCAUGACCAAGAACCCAAUCACAACACCGACGAGUAUUACAACUAUGACUACGAAGAGAUUGUUUCGAGCAGCGGUUGUGGUUGUUUCCGCCUUUUCUCAUACUUUGGUACGCGCCAUCAAGAUGGAGAAACGACAUCGUUUAUCUACCACAGGCCGGGAGAUGUUUUGGAUAACGACGGUUGGUUGAUGAACCGAUUCAAGAGCAUGAAGGAGUUUUCAGAGGUUGUGGCGGGCCCGAAAUGGAAAAACUUCAUUAGAAGGUUUAGCAAGAAACCGAAAAAGGGGAAUUCUUCGUUUCAAUAUGAUCCCGAGAGUUAUGCUCUUAAUUUUAACGAUGGUGGUGGUGGGGGAGACGAUGAUGCAUUGCCUUGUAGUUUCUCCACAAGAUUCGCUCCUCAUUCGCGAUCUAUGUCGAGUUAA